GCUUCCGAACAUUUGAGUCCCACGUACAUUUAACGUAGGCUACACAGUGCAGCUCAAUAUCGUGGUCAAAUUUCCAGUUUUGAAUUGAGCAUUGUAAGGCUUAUCUAUGUCCACUUGGGUUUUAACAACCGAAGCUGGGUUUUUAAAUCUGGGACUUGGUACGUAGUUGUGUAUUAUUGAGUGAGAUGAUGUGGGACACAUUAAUUCAAACGCCUUAUAAUUACUUUAAUAGACCAAUAUUGUAAUCAGAUACUUUUUUGCUACCAAACGGACUGUGAGUAAGAGUAUCUGAUACUCUUCACUAAGUACUAGACUAUGUUUUGCAGAGUAUUGUGAAUAUAAGCUGAUUUAGGGCAGGUGGGUUCUCAGACAGCUAGAGUCUCUCUCUCUCUCUCUCUCUCUCUCUCACACACACGCACACACACAACACACACACUUGUCUGUAAGGUUUAGCGAAUGAGGUGAUCUGUGAGCUAUGGACGGUGCCGUGGAAAUGGUUGGGUGAAUGGUCCGGCUAUAGGGAUGCUCUGAAGCAGAAACUUCCUUUAAGUAGGGGCCUGCUGAUCGUCCACUAUGCCUUAUAGGUGCUCUUAACCAGACAGACCCGAGUUUACACAGUUUCCAAAGUCCUCACUGAUGACUUUUUGGAACUAACUGGCGAAUCGCAGGUGGAUAUUCACAGUGACUAAAAUCGACACUGGAAUAAAUAUUUUAAAAUUAUUAUUUGGCUGGUGUGCGUCAAGAUACACAGCAUGUCCCAAAAUCUGGACGGCCAGGCCCCAUAAUUUCAAAAUUUCAGGCUGGGGUAUCGUGGGACACUGAAUCAGGUGAUUACAGAAAAGCCCAAAAUGCAGGCUAAUCAAUAGUUAAUCGAUUUUAUCUUCUGCUCUGCUUCCCUAUCAGCUGUGGUCAUUCUUGUUUGUAUCUGAAUAAUUUUGCGCAGUCUACUGUAGGUGGAGAGUCAGCGGAGGUUUUUUCCCCACACCAGACAGAAUAAGAAGCCUAUCGCCAAUUGGAAGGCUCUCUGUCACGUGCCAACUGUCACGUGGUAAUUCUGGAAGGGAGUGAUUUUGGUGUAAAUCUUUUCUAGACUGUAAUUCUAUAAAAUAUAAUUUAAGCUCGUUAAAGAUACUCUAAAACCCAAAAUUAUGAGUUCCUUGUAUUACGCUAGCAGGUUUUGUUCUCAGUACCAAGCCACGAGUUCAGUCUUUCUAAAUGGAGCGUUUCCUGAGCAAACUUCUUGCGCCUUGGCGUCUGGUUUACAGCGGACCAGCGCCUAUAGCACGAGCACUACACCGUUUUUCACUCUCACCCCCUCGUCCUCAGCCCCUCUACCGGGCUUGGACACUAAUAGUGAUAGCCUUUCCACCCAGAGCCAGGGUACGUUCUCCUCACCGUAUAAGCUUGGGGACGGCAGUUUGGACAUACACUGCUCCCCCAUUGAGAACCCAAGGCUGACCGUUAUGUGUGCCGCCGAUACUUCCAGCUGUAGCAAGACAAACCAUCGUUACUGCCAUCAACACGAGGACAAACUCAGGCUAUAUCCGUGGAUGAGAAGUACAGGUGCAGACAGGAAGCGGGGCCGCCAGACGUACACGCGCUAUCAGACUCUGGAGCUCGAGAAGGAGUUCCACUUCGACCGCUACCUGACGCGGAGACGGCGCGUGGAGAUAGCGCACUCUCUUUGCCUCACCGAAAGACAAAUCAAAAUUUGGUUCCAGAACCGCCGUAUGAAGUGGAAAAAAGAGAACAAGACAAUGAGCCUUGGGUCUCCCACUGCGGGACAUCCUGGAGAGGAUGAUGAAGAAGAGAAUAUUGAACAGGCGGUCAGAGAAUAAGAGCAAGGAAGCCUGAUAACACGCGCAACAUCUUUAGUCUAUUAAUGCAUUAUUCAAUCUACAAAAUUACAUUUAUUUACGUUAAAGUCCCUCUGUGUGUUACUUAGACUCGUAAAAGCACUAAAUAACAUAUGCAUUUGUUCUUUAAACGUUUUGCUAUACUAACACUAAAAUAUGUGAUAUGUUUUUGUAUUGUUUAAAAUAGAGCUUUUGUCAAAAAGUUCAUAUUUUAAUUAUUUUAAUAGGCCCAAUUAUUCGCUAUGUGAUACUACUUGAUUAGAUGUAUAUGUUCGUGGGUGUCUUAUUUGCGGCCUUUUAAGUUUAUUUUUUUUAAAAGAUAUGUACUUUGGACCGUAAGAUGGAUACAUUUUUCUGUAACAAGAAAAUGUGUCAAUAAAAGUAAUGUAAAAAC